CCUCACUGCCUCUCCCAGGGACACGCGCCGGCACGGUCCUCUAUCCCUCUUUCCUUUCUUGGCUGGUCCUCGCCGUCCAAGAUCUCCCCAUCCUUCUCCCUCUCUUCUUCAUCAGGAACUAAUGCAUUUGGAGUGGCAUGGGGAAGGUUUUAUGGAGGGCAAAGAGAUAUUGCAGGAGAGUACAAGUGAAAUACUAGGAUUGAUGAAAUAUUUCUACUAUGGAUGGAAUGGCGUUAGAAGUGGUGCGCUCUUAAUUUGUGGGUGCAUACUGCAGGAGUGGAAAGUGCUGAUGGAUAUCACUUGUCCAUCAAAGAAGGAUAAGAUUUCUUGUUGCAAACCAAUUUGAGGGAAGCUAACUGACUAGUAAGACCUCAAUCAAAGGAAUUGAUGAAUGGCACUUCCAUAUCCAGCAAUAGCAUCCGGGCAGCCUUUUCUUACUGCGUGCAGCAAGUGCGCAAUUAUGAUUACCACCACUACCUUUGCCUUCUUCAUCUUCCCCCAGCCAUGCGGAAGGCUGCAUUUGCCCUCCGUGCUUUUAAUGUUGAAACUGCCAGGGCUAUGGAUGUUUCUUCCGAUCCUAAGAUUGGUCUCAUGCGCCUCUUCUGGUGGCAAGAAGCUAUAGAUAAAAUAUUUGCCAACAAGCUAAUACAGCACCCAGCAGCGCAAGCCCUCUCUUCAGUGAUUUCGGAGCAGAAAAUUAGCAAGCACUGGCUCAAACGAUCCAUGCAGGCCCGGAUAAAUGAUGCAAGCAGAGAAGAGCACACCAUCCCAGAAACUGUAGGAGAUUUGGAGGCGUACGCAGAGGACACUGUAUCCACCAUUCUAUAUGCAACUCUUCAAGCCGGCGGGAUUCGGUCCACUGCAGCUGAUCAUGCUGCUUCACAUAUUGGGAAGGCGAGCGGACUGCUAUUGCUACUGAAAUCUCUGCCUCACCACGCAAGUCGUGACGGGAGAAUACCCUAUAUUCCAGCUGAUGUAGCAGCCAGACAUGGAUUACUGGUAACAGGGAAUGGCCGGUCUGACAUUAGGAUGGAGUCAGGUGAGGGAUUAUCCGAUGCAGUUUUUGAGGUGGCUUCCAUUGCUAACAUUCACUUGCAGAAGGCACGGGAGUUGGCUAAAAUGGUUCCUGCUGAAGCUGUUCCUGUGCUUCUUCCAGCAGUGCCUGCUCAGGUCCUGCUGGAUUCUCUAAAGCGUAGGCAGUUCAAUGUGUUUGAUUCCAGGAUAUCACGUGGUGUCUUGGGGAUCUCUCCUCUGUGGUAUCAGUUAAAGCUGAAGUGGCAUGCCUGGAGAAACACAUACUAAAGUUGAUAUUCUUGAAUGGAAAGUUUUUUUUUUAAGUUGUUAUGCACAUGUUUUUUUUCUAAAUUCCAAUGAGAGUUGAAUCUACAUGAGAAACUGAUCUCGUGUCAGCUAUUGCCAUCUCCAACUUAGUAGAGCAUUAAAGAAAUUCUUGUUGGUUAUAGAAAUAAGAUUAUUUUUGUUAGAUGAAA